AUUCCAUUUCCUCUCACACAGCACAUAGCAACCCGACAAGCACCGACUGCAGCCAUUACACGCGCGGCGGUGCAGUGCAGUUGACCACUUGGCCAGAUCCCGCGAUGUCACUUUUCUUAAAGUGACCUCAUCGGACGGUUCGUCCUCAUCGUCGAGUCUUGACCGGACGAGCAAGAGGCAAAACCUUUAGGUGCCGAGCUGCCGGGCCAUUAAUGGCUGAGAUUAGUUAAGGAGCCAAUUCGGCAUAAAGUUUAGAUAACAUGUAAAAGGCUCCAUACGAGGACAACGCACCCCAGAUUCGAACAGUCCCAACGGUUCAAUGUUUAUCUUCUUUUGGGAUUAAACAAAGCUGGCUUGGCUUAUCACGCUUGGAAAGUUGCAGUUCCAGCUCUGCUUUCUAGUGCCUGGACUUUGAAUCUUACUUUUUUUUUUUGGUUUUUAAGUUCCUGAUUGAAGCAAUCGCAUUUCUCUCUCUCUCUCACUCUCUCUCUCUCUCUCUCUCGUGUAUGGCUCAACAGUAUUGAAGGUUGAGGGAGGUUCGUGUUUUAGUAUUCUUAACUGAAAGCUUUUUCAGUGGCAAUGUCGGAAGUGAGAGGAUCGAACUUCUUGCCGGAAGAGCGGGCGAGUCUGGUAGACGACUCCGGUAUACGAUACGCCGGGGAGCCGAUCGGAAUCUUUCCGCCGUCGUUUGAGACGACUAGCUCGGAGUUCGUAUCAGGCGAUUCGCGGACCAAGGAAUCGGAGGAAACGGAGAGCCUGAAGGAUCAGGUCAAGGGAUUCGCGGUGGCUUGGGGAGAAAUACUCCUGGAAUUUGGCAGAGGCUGUAGAGACAUCGCACAGCAGAGCCUUCUGACCGAUGAUUCCUACAUCGUACGGAAGCUUCGGAAGCCGUUCGCCAACGUUUCGGGCAGAUUGAAGUUCUUGAAUGAGUUUUUACCGGAGGAUCGCCAUCCGGCUCAAGCGUGGUCCGUGAUAUUCUUCGUUUUCAUUCUUGCAGUUGCAGCCAUGAACGUAAAUACCAAAAAUGACAGCUUGGUUCCACUGGUAAAGAAAGUGCGUAUACAUCCUCCAAGUGCAAGCCAUAUACUACUUCCAGAUGGUAGACGCAUGGCUUAUCAUGAGCAAGGUGUUCCAGCUGAUAGAGCAAGAUUUUCCCUUAUCGCUCCACAUUCUUUUCUUUCCUCAAGGCUUGCAGGUAUACCGGGAGUUAAAAUGUCAUUGCUUGAAGAGUAUGGUGUUCGAUUGGUCACAUAUGAUCUUCCUGGUUUUGGGGAGAGCGAUCCUCAUCUCGGCCGUAAUCUUAAUUCAUCAGCAUUUGAUAUGUUGUACCUUUCUAAUGCGGUUGGUAUCAGUGACAAGUUCUGGCUGCUGGGCUACUCAAGUGGAGCAAUGCAUGCUUGGGCUUCUCUUAGAUACAUUCCUAACAGAAUUGCGGGCGCAGCCAUGUUGGCCCCAAUGAUUAAUCCAUAUGAGCGGGGCAUGACUAAAGAAGAGAUGAAAAAAAUGUGGGAAACCUGGGUGCCAAGAAGAAAGUUAUUGCACUUCUUAGCUCGUAGAUUCCCAAAGUUCCUCUCCUAUUUCUAUCGGCAAAGCUUCCUAUCUGGAAAGCAUGAUCGGAUUGAUAAUCAGUUGUAUCUAUCACUGGGGGAGAGGGACAAAAUCCUGAUUGAAAAGUCAAUAUUUGAAGAGUUUUGGCAUAGGGAUGUGGAGGAGUCAAUUCGCCAGGGGAAUCCAAAACCAUUCAUUGAGGAAGCCGAGCUUCAGGUUUCAGGUUGGGGUUUUAGCCUAGCAGAUCUUCAGGUGCAGAGGAAGUGUCAGAUAAGAGGCAUUCUUUCUUGGCUAAGGUCAUUGUGGAGUCAAGCGGAAUGUGAGUUGACAGGAUUCCUAGGCCCGAUACACAUAUGGCAGGGAAUGGAUGAUCGGGUAAUCCCACCAUCAGUGGUCGACUACAUAGUCCGGGUUCUACCAGAGGCCAUUGUGCAUAAGCUCCCAAAUGAAGGCCAUCUAUCCUAUUUCUUUUUCUGCGACAAAUGCCAUAGACAGAUAUUUUCUACACUUUUUGGAGUCCCUCAAGGUCCACUCGACUUGAAAGUUGAAAUGGAACAAACACCAUCAGAAGGGGAUGAUAUAGCUGUUGCUGAAUCCACAACAGAAUGAUAUGAUUGCUGAAGAUAAAAUAUGACAAAGAUAUCGGUUUUUACAGGAAAUUAGGACGUAAAUGCCAGGAGUUGCUCCUAUUCUCUUGGAGCAUGAAAGAUGAGCGCUUAACUACUGUCCUUUCCAUAAUAGCUAACGAUUAGAACUUCCAAUAAGAGGUUGAAAAGCAAGGAGGCAGCAACAUUAUGCACAAGAGUUAUGUAAAGACUCAUCUUCUGCCCUGCGGCUAAAAGGUUCCUUCCAUACUUGGAUAUCGGGUUAAAGAUUAUCGUUUGGCUAUUACACACAGCGACGUAGACAUUAUGUUGAUUUGAUUCUAACAUUAUGAUUUACUAUUUUCAAGGUCAGUACAAAAUAAUAACAUAACUCCUUGAGUUUAUCC